UCCUCCUCCUCCCGAAGGGCCGGCGGAAGAUGGCGGCUCCCAGCGGCGACCCCUUCGCCUUCUGCCUGGAGGCGCCCCCCGGCCAAGCCCGCCGCGCCCUGGAGCUGCGCCUGACCGGCAGCGCCAAGGGCAAAGGGCUUUUUGCCACCCGAAACAUCAAGAAAGGGGACACGAUUUUCGUGGAGAAGCCCGUGGUGUCGGCUCAGUUCCUGUGGAACGCUUUGUAUAAAUACAGAGCCUGUGACCACUGCUUACGAGCCCUGGAGAUCGCCGAGGAAAAUGCUCAGAGGCUGCUGGGAAGAUUUCAGCCCCUUCCUCACCCGGAGAAAUGCAGCAUUCGAAAAGAGCUCCACCAGGGUUGUCCCAACUGCCAGGUGACCUACUGCAGCUCCGAGUGCCGUCAGGCCGCGUGGGACCAGUACCAUCAGGUUCUCUGCCUGGGACCCUCCAAACAAGACCCCGAUCACCCCCUCAACAAACUCCAGGAAGCUUGGAGGAACAUCCACUACCCACCGGAGACUUCGAGCAUCAUGUUGAUGGCCAGGAUGGUGGCCACCGUCAAGCAGACGAAAGACAAAGAGCGGUGGAUCAAACUUUUUUCUCAGUUCUGCAAUAAAACGGCCAACGAGGAAGAAGAGAUCAUCCACAAAUUGCUAGGAGACAAAUUUAAGGGCCAGCUCGAAGUCCUACGGAUGCUUUUCACGGAGGCCCUUUACGAUGACCAUCUCAGCAAGUGGUUUUCUCCCGAAGGUUUUCGAUCCUUGUUUGCCCUGGUUGGGACCAAUGGACAAGGCAUAGGGACGAGCUCUCUGAGCCAGUGGGUCCGUGCCUGCGACGCUCUGGAGCUCCCGCCGCAAGAACGGGAGCAGCUGGACGCUUUCAUCGAUCAGCUGUACAAGGACAUCGAGAAAGAGACUGGGGACUUCCUGAACUGCGAAGGCUCCGGACUCUACGUCCUCCAGAGUUGCUGCAACCACAGCUGUCUUCCCAAUGCCGAGGCCUCCUUCCCGGAUAACAAUUUCGUCCUGCAUUUGACUGCAGUGGAAGACAUCCACCAGGGGGAGGAGAUCUGCAUCAGCUACCUAGACUGUUGCCAGAGAGAACGGAGCCGACACAGCCGGUGCAAAAUCCUACAGGAAAACUACUUGUUCAUCUGCUCCUGCCCCAAGUGCCUGGCCCAAGCCGAGGAUCCCGACGUCACAUCAGAGGAGGAAGAGGAGGAAGAAGCUGAAGGGGAGCCGGAUGGAGCCGAGUUGGAAGACGAGAUGACAGACGUUUGAUUUGGGCUCUGGGGUGGGAGGAAGAGGCAGGUAGGGAGGGGUGGAAUAGGGGGCACCUCUAGAGCCCUGGGACUGUGGUGGGAUACAGCAUCCUGGUCAGGUGGUGGCUCGGGAGGACGUGGGUUGGGGAGGAUAUGGGGUGGUCAGGAUAUGGGGAACAAAGCAACCUCCGUAUUCAUUCUCACGACCCACACGGUGCCGAGGAAGAAGUCAAUGGGCGUGGGUGCCCCCUGCCUCCCCUCCCCAACCUGGUGGAGUGCAGAAGAUCUGGGCGUCCAUUUCCAACCAACCAGGAUUCACCAAACCCUCUGUGCCCUAACCAGGUUUUGCAUCUAGUCGGUGGGACAGUAUUUGCCUUAAGGAUGUGAGAAUCCAAUCCCAGCUCCGAUCCGCAGCUCUCGGCCUUCACAGGAGAAGAGAAGCAGAGAAACCUGAUUUUGUGUCCAGCUGCCCCUCGACUUAUGACCACUGACCACUAAAUUUCUGUCGUUCCGCAAGGCAUUUUGCCAAGCAGAGUUUGCGCCCGUUCGGAUGAAUCUUCUUGCCUUGCUCCGUUGUUAAGCGAACCAUUUGCCAUUGAUAAGCCAGUCUCCCGGGAUCGUUAAGCGAAUCCGGCUUCCCCCUUUGUCAGAAGGUCGCAAAACUGGACAUAGCAAUGGUCAUAAAGAUGAAAAAGUUGCCAAGCGUCCGAAUUUUCAUCCCGUGGGGAUGCUUGAAAAGUCAUAGCCGCCAAAAAAACGGUCUGAAGUCAAUUUAUCAGGGCUGUGGUCGCUUCCGUCACUAACCGAAGUGGUCGUAAGUCGAAGAUUAUGUAUCUCUCCUCUCUCUGCUUCACCUGUGGUCUCCUGCUAUGCAAAACAGCCUGAAAAUAUCGGAGGUGCAUUUCAAGAUGGCUGGGCUGGGUGUUUUUUUUUGGGGGGGGGGCAGACCCACAGGCCUAGCUCAAAAAUCCCACGGGGCAUGUACACCCCUCCCCAUUCCCCCAAGCAGGCUGGGUUGAUUCUUGCUACCAGAAUCCGAACCCUGUACCCGAGUUCGCUUGGCCUGCUGCCACCUGUUUUCGCCUCCCUACAUUUCCCCGGCAGACCAGUUGGGACGCCUGACCGUCGUUAAUCCUCGUUUUCGUCUCGUCUGCUGUCCUGACCCGGGAUUGUGAGAACGAUAGUUCGCCGUUUCGUCCAUUCGCGCUCCUUCCGACUAAUUUUUGUAAUUCUAUGCAAAUCUCUUCGCCUCCUUCAAUACACAAAAGAUUUGCUUCGGU